AUGGGAUCCUUCGUUACAAUGCGGUCUUGCAAAAGGUACGUUCAACUCGGUUUUAUUCUUUUGUGUUUCGUUCAUUACAUAUCAACUUCAGUGACUCAUUAUUCCAUACCGGAGGAAAUGAAAGAAGGAUCUGUUGUCGCCAACCUUGCAACCGAUCUCAGCUUGGAUGUUAAAACACUGAAUCAGAGGAAAAUGCGUAUUGACAUCAUUGGAAACAAAAAAUAUCUGAAUGUGAACAAAGAGACUGGAGAGCUGUAUGUUGUUGAGAAAAUUGACAGGGAAUAUAUUUGUGCUGCGAAGUCCUCUGAGUCUUGUUAUCUUAGGCUGGAGGUAAUAUUAGAAAACCCUCUACGAAUCUUUAAUAUAGAAGUCGAAAUUUUGGACAUGAACGACAACGCCCCACAAUUUCGAAGAGACGCCAUACAUUUAGAUAUAUCUGAAGCAACGCCAAAAGGGGAGAGGUUCUCUCUCAGCAAUGCUUUUGAUCCUGAUAUUGGAAGUAAUUCAGUUAAAACGUACCAUCUGAGUGAAAGUGAGCAUUUUAAUAUUGAAGUUCAGACUGGAAGAGAAGAGUCAAAGUUUGCCGAUCUAUUCUUGACAAAGAGUUUAGAUCGAGAGCAGCAGUCUGUUCAUAAUUUAAUACUCACAGCUGUAGAUGGAGGCACACCUGCUCGUUCUGGCACUGCCAGUGUUAUUGUCCAUGUGUUGGACACAAAUGACAAUACACCAACAUUUGACAAACCGAUCUAUACAGUUAAAAUAAUGGAAAAUUCUCCAAUUGGAAGCCUUGUUAUUCAUCUUAAUGCAACAGAUUUAGAUGAGGGGUCAAAUUCUGAUAUAACAUAUUCAUACAGUUUAUAUACGUCAGAGAAAACGCAAGAAACAUUUAAUCUGAAUCCUUCCAGUGGUGAAAUUACUGUAAAAGGAAUGCUAAAUUAUGAAGACUUCAGGAUUUAUGAUAUGGAAGUUAUAGCAACUGACAAAGGAGCCAAUAGUUUAUCAGGACAAUGUACAUUAAAAAUUAUUGUCGAAGACAUGAAUGAUAAUCACCCAGAAGUAUCUAUUAAAUCAUUCCAGAGUCCAGUCAGUGAAAAUAUAGAAUUAGACACAGUGAUAGCAGUAGUUAGUGUCAGUGAUAAGGACUCAGGUGACAACGGAGUGGUUGAUCUUCAUGUUCCAGAUAAUAUGCCUUUCAAACUGAGGGAAUCCUCUGAUAACUAUUAUGAGUUAGUGGUCUCAGAGCCUUUAGACCGUGAGAAGGUUCCAGAAUAUGACAUCACUUUCACUGUUACAGACAGAGGUUCUCCUCCUUUAUCUGACAAUGAAACUAUGACUUUAGAGCUGCUGGAUGUUAAUGACAAUGUUCCACAGUUCCCUCAGUCAUUUUAUACUAUACGUGUAAUGGAGAAUAACGCACCCGGGGCCUUGCUCAGUUCACUCACUGCGUUUGACCCUGACCUCCAUGAAAACCAGUAUCUAGUUUAUUUCAUCCUAGAAAAGGAAAUAGCCAAUACUUCUAUGUCCAUGCUGUUCUCCAUCAAUCCAGAGAAUGGUAAUCUUUACGCACUAAAGACUUUUGACUAUGAGAUAGAGAAGGAGUUUCUUUUCCACAUUGAGGCCAGAGACUCUGGCUCUCCUCCACUCAGCAGCAACGUGACCGUACACAUUAUUAUUGUGGACCAGAACGACAACGCUCCGGUCAUUGUCUCUCCAUGGCGCGCACACGGCUCGGUGGUGGAGGAAAAGAUCCCCAGAUCCACUGAUAAAGGAUCUCUGGUUGCCAAGGUGAUAGCCUUAGACACAGACUCGGUGCACAACUCCCGGAUUACCUACCAGUUUCUACAGGUGACUGACGCCACCUUGUUUAGUCUGGACCAGUACAACGGAGAGAUCAGGACUAUGAGGAUGUUCAGUUACAGAGAUCCCCGCUACCAGAGACUGGUUGUUGUUGCCAAGGACAACGGGGAGCCUGCCCUCUCUGCUACAGUCACCAUCAAGCUGUCCACAGUGGAGACUGCUGUUAAGGCCUACUCUGACAUGACUGAGGUUCCUCUAGAAUAUGACAUCUUCUCUGACCUAAACCUGUAUUUGGUCAUCGGUCUGGGCUCGGUGUCAUUUCUCCUGCUCAUCACCAUAUUGGUCACCAUCGUACUCAAGUGUCAGAAACCCAAGCCCAGCAAAGCAGUUCCUCCCUGCAGGAACAGUGUGAUCAGUGAGAGGAACUCCACCAUCGCAGACUCUACUCUGGUCUCCAACGAUGCCUACUGGUACAGUCUGUUUCUAGCAGAGACCAGGAAAGGAAAGAUGGUGGUUAGACAGCCUGUGCCAAAGGGCUCCAGAUACAUCGUGUCCAGUUUACCAAGGAGCACAGGAAUGUCAGAGACAAGUGACUCGGCAGCUUCUACUCUACAGGUAAAUUCAUUCAAGUUGAAUUAA